AAGAAAGAAAACACAAGGCAAAAAGGCCAAGAACGACAGAAGAGAAGAAAAACCGAGAAAGCUCCAUCAAGUCAAGAGAGGGUCUUUGAUUUUUCUGCUUUUCGAAAUAAUAAAAAAAGAAAUAUGACCUCAGAUUCUAUGUCACAUAAAAUCCUCCUAAAUCGAGUCUUCGGCAAUUCCCUCUCAGCCUCAGAUUAGAUUGAGUUGUGUAUACAAGUACAAGAGCGAAUUUCGAAGCAGCGGGAAGAAGCUUCAAUUGUGAAAUGUUGGGGACCCAGUAGGGUUUUGCCCUUGAUUCCAUUCCAUUCGGUUCGAUUCAUUUUUUUUUCUCUUAAUUUUGGACUCUGGGUUUUUGGGAGGUUUUUGUUCAUCAAAGGCCUCCUAUUAGCUCACUCUUUCUUCGAAAUCUUUUGGGUUUCAAUAAGAUCCAUGUGUGAACCUACUUAUAACACUGUUUCUUAUCAUCCCUCAGUUCAAUUUAUAUGAAUAACUAGUUCAAUUUGCCUUCCAAUUCGAAGCCCUUGCUUUCUACAACUGGGUUUCAACAUAAUUUAUUUCUACUGUGCCAUAAUAAAUUUUAAUUCUCGAUCCCGGGUUCUUGAGCUUCUUUUGUUUUCUAUAGAGGGAUUUUGAAACUUUCGAUGUCAAAUCCACCGCAGCCUCCCAUUGGCUACUCUGUCAGUAUCACUCCCUCACGCCCACACACACCAUCUCCUGACCCUGAGAAAAUUUCUAUUCCUCCACCACCUUUAAUUACUCCUAGAUUCCCUCCACCAAAGUUUCAACACGAUCAAACUCCUCCUCCGUUGAUCAAAACCCCAAAUGUACCAUCACCAGCUAAUGGGUUGAAAACUGGCAGCCCUAUUCCUCACUUGAGUACACCCCCUGGACCUCCUGUUUUUACUUCCCCUGUGAGGCCUGCUGCUGUGCCUUUUCGUGCUUCACCUGCAACUCCUCAGCCAGUUGCUUUCUCCCCGGGUACAUCUUUGCCAACAUCUUCGCCUCCCAAUUUUUCAAAUGGCUCGCAGCACCAACUUUCUAAUGAUACAGAGGAUGAUGCUGUGCCUGUUGGAGAAUCACCAUAUGUCCUAUUCUCAGCACAUAAGGUGUUGAAACAAAAGAAACAAGCAAAUGUACCCAGUUUGGGUUUUGGGGCCUUGGUUUCACCUGGAAGGGAAAUUUCUCCAGGUCCCCAGAUAAUACAACGUGAUCCUCAUCGCUGCCACAGUUGUGGAGCUUAUGCAAAUAUUUAUUGCAACAUCUUGUUGGGCUCAGGUCAGUGGCAAUGUGUAAUUUGCCGAGAACUGAAUGGAAGUGAGGGCGAAUACAUAGCUCACAGCAAGGAAGAUCUUUGUAAUUUUCCAGAGUUGUCAUCUCCUAUGGUUGAUUAUGUUCAAACUGGGAACAAUAGACCCGGCUUUGUUCCUGUUUCUGACUCAAGAAUGUCUGCACCUAUAGUUCUUGUCAUAGAUGAGUGUUUAGACGAACCACAUCUGUGGGACUUACAGAGCUCCUUGCAUGCAUUUGUUGAUUCACUUCCCCCGACAAUGAGAAUUGGAAUAAUACUGUACGGUCGCACAGUAUCAGUUUAUGAUUUUUCAGAGGAAUCAAUUGCAUCUGCUGAUGUGCUUCCAGGAGAUAAAUCGCCAAGUCAGGAUGCCUUGAAGGCAUUGAUAUAUGGAAGUGGUUUAUACUUGUCUCCAAUGCAUGCUUCAUUACCGGUAGCACAUGCCAUAUUCUCAUCCUUGAGGCCAUACAAACUGAAAAUUCCAGAAACUUCUAGAGAUCGGUGCCUGGGUACGGCUGUUGAGGUUGCUCUUGCUAUAGUUCAAGGGCCAUCAGGAGAAAUGUCUCGUGGGGUAAUUAAAAGGGCUGGAGGUAAUAGCAGAAUCAUUGUUUGUGCUGGUGGGCCUAAUACAUAUGGUCCUGGAUCUGUUCCUCAUUCUUUCAGUCACCCAAAUUAUCCUCAUAUGGAAAAGACUGCAUUGAAAUGGAUGGAGCAUCUGGGUCAAGAGGCACACCGACAAAAUACAGUGGUUGACAUUUUAUGUGCUGGGCAAUGCCCUGUAAGAGUUCCUGUUUUGCAGCCUCUUGCAAAAGCUUCUGGAGGCAUUUUUGUUCUCCAUGACGACUUUGGGGAAGCCUUUGGUGUGAACUUACAAAGGGCAUCUACCAGGGCUGCAGGCUCCCGUGGGUUCUUGGCAAUACGUUGUUCCGAUGAUAUUCUCAUAACUCAAGUUGUGGGUCCUGGUGAAGAGGCACAUAUUGACACUCAUGAAACCUUCAAAAACGACACUUCCCUUUAUAUACAAAUGCUUAGUGUUGAAGAGACACAGAGCUUCUCACUCUCCUUGGAAAAUAAGAGGGACAUUAGGACUGAGUAUGUGUAUUUCCAGUUUACAAUUCAGUAUUUAAAUGUGUAUCAAGCUGAUAUAUCAAGAGUAAUUACUGUUAGAUUGCCAACAGUUGAUAGUGUUUCAGCAUAUCUUACAAGUGUUCAAGAUGAAGUUGCAGCAGUUCUUAUUGCAAAGCGGACUCUCCUGCGAGCUAAAAAAUAUUCUGAUGCAAUUGAUAUGCGAGCAACAAUAGAUGAAAGAAUUAAAGACAUUGCUCUGAAAUUUGGGUCUCAAGUACCAAAGUCAAAGUUUUAUCGGUUUCCAAAGGAGAUCUCUUUAUUGCCAGAGCUCCUGUUUCAGCUAAGAAGAGGCCCACUGUUGGGAAGCAUUGUUGGCCAUGAAGAUGAGAGGUCUGUGUUACGAAACUUGUUUCUGAAUGCGUCCUUUGAUCUCUCACUUCGAAUGGUAGCACCUCGUUGUUUAAUGCAUCGGGAAGGGGGAACAUUUGAGGAACUACCAGCUUAUGACCUUGCUAUGCAGUCAGAUGCAGCAGUUGUUCUUGACCAUGGCACAGAUGUCUUCAUUUGGUUGGGUGCUGAACUCGCUGCUGAUGAAGGAAAAAGUGCAGCUGCUUUAGCGGCUUGCAGAACAUUAGCUGAAGAGCUCACUGAACUGCGGUUUCCAGCUCCUCGGAUCCUGUCGUUCAAGGAAGGAAGUUCUCAGGCUCGAUAUUUCGUAUCGCGGCUCAUACCUGCACACAAGGAUCCUCCUUAUGAGCAGGAAGCAAGAUUCCCACAGCUACGAACUUUGACAACUGAAAAGCGGACAAAGCUGAAAAGCAGUUUUAUUAGUUUUGACGAGCCUACUUUUUGCGAGUGGGUACGAAGCUUGAAAGUGGUGCCUCCAGAACCAAGCUAGAGGAUGUUUGCUUUCUUAAACAAACUUGUUGGCUAAUGUCGCUCCAAAAAGGCAGAGAAAAUUGUGUCAAAAGGGAUUCUUCUUUUCUUUCUUUUUUCACUGUUAACAGGAAAUUAUAUUUAUUUUUCUUGUUUUUGGUCAACAGAGGAAAUUGUAGUUAAAGACAUGAGCUCCCAUCCCAUGAUCAAUAUCAUUCUCUUCCUCUA